AUCAGCCCAUAUUACAAAUCCCCUUCUUCGAUGUGUCUUCCCUUCCUACCACUCUGACUGAAAACACGAAAUGGCGUCCAACUGUUGUAGGAAGUCUCUCCAAAUAGCUUCAUCUUCUGCCAAAACCCUAAUUUCUCGUCGAUCUCCUUUACCUUCAUCUUCUUCAAACGCCAAUAAAUUCAACGCCUCUGCUUCUUCUUUCCAUGCUUCCCCACACAAACGCUCAUUCUCCAGCUCCUGGCUCCCGGUGCAAUUGGCUGGUGCGCAAGUCUCACUGACGCCAUUGCAUAGUGCUACUGCUUCUGCAUUGUUCACCUCACUCUUGUCUUUGCAUAAUAACAACUGGGGUUGUCUUUCAGAAGCGGAUGUGACCUAAAAACAAUGUUUCAAUUACGUAGUCAGGUUUUGCAACAACUCUAUAACAUGCCGAUGAUAUCUUUGCGUUUUGAUAAACCAGUUCUUGUUAGGUGCAGGUUUGGUUUCAAUGCUUGUUUCUAAUAGGUGCUGCGAUUAAUAAUGUAUUUUGAUGAACUUUUAUUUAAUUACUAAAACUGGCUGAUGCAGUCGCCCCGUUUACAUUUACAAGAUUUUUUUAGUUUGAACUUUCAGUUUUUUUCUGAUUGUUAACCCUUCAAUUUGGGAAUUUUUUCAUGUAAAAUGUAUACCAGUUUAUCAAGUAUUCUGCGUGAAUCUUCAGUUAA